UUUGCCUGGGGUGCCACACGAAGUUGGGAACAAACUGGCAGCUCCUCCCCUGGACUCUGGGCACUGCUUUGGCCGCACCUGCAGCGCUCAGUCCUCGCCUGUGACCGGGCUGAGAAAUCAGCUGGAGAAAAGCGUGGAGCAAGGAAACAGAGAGUGCAUGAAUGCGGCUCUGAGCAGAUUUUUGGAGCUCUAACACCCAGCAGCAGUUCUGCUCUCUGUGGAUCCUCUGGAAAUGCCACAGGCUGCUGCCAGCAUCCUCCUGCUCCGGGCCUGCCUGGCCCUGCUGGCCUGGCCCAUCUACCUGCUGUCCUUCCUGGGCUUGUGGGAACCCUUCUGCAGGAAGAUCUUUUUCCCUUUCUUCUUAGAAAAGAUCGGCACAGUCCACGAGAAGAAAUGCAAGAAGCACAAGGAGGAAUUAUUCCGGAAUCUGCCUGAUUUUAAGGGUCCCUCCGGGGAGCUGAAGCUGCUGGAGAUCGGCACCGGCGGUGGAGCCAACUUCCAGUUCUACCCAGAGGGGUGCAGAGUCACCUGCAGCGACAUCAACCCCCACUUCCAGCAGAGCCUCUCCAAAAAUAUGAAGAAAAACCAGCACCUGCACUACGAGCAGUUCCUGGUGGCGGCAGGGGAGGAUCUGCACCAGGUGCCCAGCGGAUCGGUGGAUGCUGUGGUUUGCACCUUGGUGCUGUGCUCGGUGCAGAACAUCAGUGGUACCCUGAGGGAAGUGCUGAGGGUGCUCAGGCCGGGAGGAGCUUUCUAUUUCUUGGAGCACGUGGCCGCCGAGCAUUCCAGCUGGAGGUAUUUUUGGCAGCAGGUCUUUUACCCGACUUGGAAGCUGGUCUUUGCUGGAUGCUGCCUCACCAGAGAGCUGUGGAAGAAUCUGGAAGAGGCCAAGUUCUCAGAGCUGAAGAUCCAGCACAUCAGCGUGGCUUUGCCCUGGAUGCCCAUCGAGCCGCACAUCGUGGGGUACGGGGUGAAAUAAUUCCCCAAAAUUCCUCACACCCUGCAGGGCACAGGCUCCUCCAUAUCAGUGAAGGACUUAAAUCAGAGCACAAAUUACCAGCUGAGAAGAAAGGGUCAAUUUUCUGAGCAUCUCUGAAUUACACAAUCAAUAAAGUUGGAAAAGCCCUUUUGGAUCAGAGUCCAACAGUUAACUCAGCACCAUGUUCACCAUUAAACCAUGGCCCCAAGGGCCACAUCCACACGGUUUUUGAACACUUCCAGGGAUGGUGACUAGCCUGUGCUAGGGCCUGACAACCCUUUCCCUGAAGAAUUUCUUCCUCUUCUCUAAUUAAACUUCCCCUUCUCUAACUUGAGGCCAUUUCCUUCCUGAAGCCCUGGUACUGCUGACUCGGCCUUCCCAGAGCUCAGCGCAGCCAGGGAGGAGCCCAGGACAACAAAAACCAGCCCAGGAAGCAGAAAAUAAAUGUACAAAUGGAAGGGGA